UUAGUAACAUCCGGGAUAUAUACCGGUAUGUUACAUUGGUUUCUAUGAUCAACAACAAACAGAGUGUGGCACGAAAACUGCAACUUUUUAGUCGAAAAGGGACCUUAAAACAAAUAUAAUCCAAGAUGCCUCCAAAAAAAGGGAAGAAGAAGGGUAAAAAGAAGUCGGCAAAGGCAAAGACUCCAACCGUCAUUGAUGGAAUAUCUACGGAGGAAAUGUCUAAAGAGCAGUUGGAAGAGCACAUCACAAGGUUGCGAGAGGAGUUGGAUAGGGAGAGAGAAGAGAGGAAUUACUUCCAGCUUGAGAGAGAUAAGGUGAACACUUUCUGGGAGAUCACCAAGAGGCAAUUCGAUGAGUCUAAAGCAGGACUUAGAAACAAAGAUAGAGAGAUGGAAGAUGCAGAAGAGAGGCAUCAAGUUGAAAUCAAGGUUUACAAGCAAAAAGUCAAGCACUUGUUAUACGAGCAUCAAAAUAACAUCUCUGAACUGAAAGCAGAGAGUGCAGUGGCAUUGAAGCUUGCUCAGGAUGACAAUCGUUCACAAGAAGGUGAUCUCAGGAAAGAUAAACGCAAUCUCAAAGUUUCUGUCAAGGAGCAGGAGCUAGCUCAUGAAGAUAUCAUCAAGGAUCUCAAAAUGAAAAAUGAUGAGUUGGUGACUAAUCUUAGAGCUGACUUUGAAAGAGAAGCAAGAGAAAUUGAGGCUAAGUACGAGAGGAAGAUGCGUUCUUUGAGAGAAGAGCUUGAACUGCGACGGAAGACAGAGAUCCAUGAGAUCGAGGAGAGAAAGAACAGUCAGAUCAACACACUAAUGAGGAAUCAUGAGAAAGCUUUCAGUGACAUCAAGAACUAUUACAAUGACAUCACACUCAAUAACUUGGCUCUUAUUAAUUCACUCAAGGAACAAGUAGAAGAAAUGAAGAAGAAGGAGGAGAGGAUGGAGAAGCACAUGAAUGAGAUCCAGGCUGAGAACAGACGUCUGAAGGAGCCUCUAGAGAAGGCUAGGGAGGAGGUGACGGAACUUACCAGACAACUAGCUAACUAUGAGAAGGACAAGGCUUCGUUGGCUAGUGCUAAGGCAAGGUUAAAGAUCAUGGAUAAGGAAUACAAAGAUCUUCAAUGGGAGCAUGAUGUACUGGAACAGAGGUUUGAACAGUUGCAGAGUGAGAGAGAUGAACUGUAUGCCAAGUUUGUGAAGGCCAUCCAUGAGGUCCAGCAGAAGAGCUCCUUUAAGAAUCUUCUCCUGGAGAAGAAGCUUGGCGCCCUCUCUGACACGCUGGAGAAGAAGGAGGCUCAACUCAACGAGGUUCUCUCUGCAUCCAAUCUGGAUCCUACGGCUCUCACAGUGGUUACAAGAAAACUGGAGGAUGUCUUGGAUUCCAAGAACAGUGCCAUCAAAGAUCUGCAGUAUGAGCUGGCUCGAGUCUGCAAGGCACACAACGACCUACUACGUACAUACGAGGCCAAGCUGCAGGCGUUUGGCGUUCCAACUGAAGAACUAGGGUUCAAGCCCCUUGAGAGCACAAUAGGAGGACAGCAGCUUGGGCAGGGAGCAGCAGGAUUAGUGGCUGCUCCUACAUAAUCUUCACGUUAAUCAAUCAACGGUCAUUUCCAUGGUCACUCACAUUUCCAGGAACAUUUUUGGAAUAUUGAUCAUAUAGACUCAUAAUUACUCCUUUGAAUAUCCAUUGCAGUUCUGCCAUUAGAACACUAUCGUACUGCUUUGAAAAGUUUAAUGGCAGCACCACAGUUACACAAAAUAGUUUGUAAAGAGGUUUUGUAACACGUAGAUACCAAAGCAAGUAAGUCGUAUCCCCAGCAUCAGUCAGCACAAUAUUUAUGCAUUAUUUCUCCAUACUGUGUCUUCUCCUUGUCUUGAUUGUUCAUGUUUGGAAGAAAAAAAAGUCCCUCAUAAACAAAUGAUAUCAGUGUGAGCUAGACUUACACAGAUUCAGGUAAUAUCAUCAGAAAGUAAUGGAUGGCAUGGAGCAGGAUGUUUGUGUUGUAUUGUAUUGAAUUUAUUUCCGUCCAGAAACAUAUAACUUUUCUAUGCUCUGAAAGGCCAGUUUCCAUGGGAAGCCCAGGGAUAUGAUUAUUUAUAUUUCUCAUUCAUAUUUAUUUACUUUUUGAUAUUUUUUAAGUGGAAGGAGGAUAUGGUUGGCCUUUCAUGUUUCAUGAGUUGGCAGAUUUGUUUGGUAUCGAUAGGUUGAAUCAUUUAUUGGCAAAUUUAUCAUAGUAACUUAUCAAAAUACUCUACCUAGAGAAAGUAACCUUUUUAACAUUUUAUCGUAAGAAUUGUUUUGGAGCCUGUAAGGAGAGAGUAAGGACACCAAACCUGGGUUCAUUAUACAAGACUGUUACAGAGGAGUCUGAGGGUAUCAAAAGAACAGAGAAAUUAUUGUUUGGGAAGCUGCAUAGGUAUAUACAAUGACUGUGUAUUCAAGUUAAAUUAGUUGUACACAUUCACUUUGUACACAUUUAUUCUGUGUAAAUAUUUGUAAAAAUAUUGAAUUAUAGCAAAUUUGUACAGGUUGUUGCUUUGAAAAACAUAUAGAUCUUUGUGUAUCGAUGUGAAUAAAAUCCUGCUUAUAAGCGUGUACAAAAACAAAA